CAUUUUUGGCGACCCGAUCGAUAACCCUUUGCUCUGGAGCCGAUGCCAGCCCUUCAAUCCACGCGCAUUCCUACAGCGACGGCCACCAACUUCGUUCUCCUCGAAUGAUCGUCGGCGACCCUGAUGCGUUCGCCCGCAAGAUGAAAAAGUUCACGCAGGAUGGAGCGGACCAGUUGCUGGUGAUCGCCGACUUCGACCGAACGUUGACACCGUACUACAAGCAACGUAGAGACCCCCAGGCCCCACUAGAGCAGGAGAGCAGCAGCCACGGACUGCUCAUGACCAGUAGCGUGCUGCAGCCGCAAGUCUGUGCAGGAGAGCAAGAACUCUUUGCUAGGUUCUACCCCGUUGAGAUGUCCCCGACACUGUCUGCUGCGGAGAAGCUGCCGUUCAUGGAGCAAUGGUGGAACAGCGCCCACGCACUGCUGGUUGAAUACAAAUUGACCAAAGAUCAGGUGGAGCAAGCCGUAGCUCUCGGCUCGUUGAGCUUCCGUCACGGCUUCCACCCGCUUUUCAAGCUGCUCAAUGAUCAGCAAGUACCGACGUUGAUAUUCUCUGCGGGACUCUACGACGUCAUUCACGCUGCACUAGAACGGGAGUUUACUGUUGAGAGCAAGCGAAAUGGCAGUUCAACAGUUAACAACCAGACGUCCACAUCUAGCAAUCUCUUACAACGUCACUAUCGAAGAUUCCACCCGCUUUUCAAGCUGCUCAAUGAUCAGCAAGUACCGACGUUGAUAUUCUCUGCGGGACUCUACGACGUCAUUCACGCUGCACUAGAACGGGAGUUUACUGUUGAGAGCAAGCGAAAUGGCAGUUCAACAGUUAACAACCAGACGUCCACAUCUAGCAAUGUGCACGUGGUGUCCAACAUGAUGCGGUUCGACACCCAGGGGGUUAUCGAAGGCUUUGAGGGGAAGCUCAUCCACUCGCUUAACAAAAAUGCUCGCGUGCUGCUCGACUCGCCAUUCUGGGAGGAGUGUCAGUUGGAAAAGCGUCGAAACGUGCUGCUGCUUGGAGACUCGCCGGGAGAUACUCGAAUGGCCGAAGGUUUGAAUGCUGACGAAAUCAUCCGCGUCGGCUUCUUAAACGUACACGUGGAUGAGAAAUUGGACGAAUAUCUCGACCUGUACGACGUCGUAUUCACGCACGACGCGAGUCUAGUCCCCGUGCAGAUGCUGAUCGAGCAAAUGACGGUGUCGUCAAAGGCCAAAAAGAAGUAAAUGCUUGAAAAAUAGUACAUACAAG